AUGCGCUAUCUGCCGCGGGCCCGGCUGCUGGCGCUGCAACUCGCCCUGCUCGUGGCCUCGGGGGCCGCGGAGGCGCCGCUCAGCGCGCCGCGGAGCCUGGUGUGGGGCCCCGGGCUGCAGGCGGGCGUCGUUCUGCCGGUCCGCUAUUUCUACCUGCAGGCUGUCAGCUCGGAGGGCCAAAACCUCACCCGCUCGCCCCCAGCUUGCAGGGAGUGCCUUCACGCGUUGAGUCAUCCAGCCCAAGAAUCGGAUCGGGGUCAAACACUAUUCAGAGUAGUAAUCAAAUCUCUGUCACCUAAAGAGUUAGUUCGGAUUCAUGUCCCUAAACCUUUGGACAGGAACGAUGGAACAUUUUUGAUGCGAUAUAGGAUGUAUGAAACUGUCAGUAAAGGGCUGAAGAUAGAAGUCCUUUAUGGUGAUGAACAUGUUGCUCAGUCUCCCUAUAUUUUGAAAGGACCAGUAUACCAUGAGUACUGUGAGUGUCCAGAAGAGGAUCCUCAGGCCUGGCAGAAAACUCUGUCUUGUCCAGACAAGGAACCACAGAUUGAAAAAGAUUUUGCUUCUUUCCCCAGCAUUAAUCUCCAACAGAUGCUAAUUGAAGUUCCGAAAAGGUUUGGGGAUGAGAGGGGUGCUAUUGUUCAUUACACGAUUCUCAAUAACCACAUCUACCGAAGAUCUUUAGGGAAAUACACAGACUUCAAAAUGUUCUCAGAUGAGAUUUUGCUGUCACUGGCAAGAAAGGUCCUUCUCCCAGAUUUAGAAUUUUAUGUUAAUCUUGGAGACUGGCCUUUGGAGCAUCGAAAAGUCAAUGAAACCCCUGGCCCUUUACCUAUCAUUUCAUGGUGUGGCUCUCUGGAUUCACAAGAUGUUAUCCUUCCAACAUAUGACAUCACCCACUCUACACUGGAAGCUUUGAGGGGUGUUACAAAUGAUCUCUUAUCUAUUCAGGGAAAUACAGGACCUUCCUGGAUCAACAAAACAGAGAAAGCUUUCUUCAGAGGUAGAGACAGCAGAGAGGAGAGGCUCCAGCUGGUGCAGCUGUCCAAGGAAAACCCACAGCUACUAGAUGCAGGAAUCACAGGAUACUUCUUCUUCCAAGAGAAAGAAAAGGAGCUUGGAAAAGCUAAAUUGAUCGGUUUCUUUGACUUCUUUAAGUACAAGUAUCAAGUGAAUGUGGACGGGACCGUGGCUGCUUAUAGAUAUCCAUAUCUCAUGCUUGGUGACAGUUUGGUUCUGAAGCAGGACUCACCAUAUUACGAACAUUUCUAUAUGGCACUGAAGCCGUGGAAACAUUAUAUUCCAAUUAAAAGAAAUCUUAGUGAUCUACUAGAGAAAGUUAAAUGGGCCAAGGAAAAUGAUGAAGAAGCCAAGAAGAUUGCAAAAGAAGGACAGUUGACUGCUAGGGAUCUGCUACAGCCACACCGGCUUUACUGCUACUAUUACAGAGUACUACAGAAAUACGCUGAACGCCAGUUGAGCAAACCUGAAAUACGUGAUGGAAUGGAACUUGUUCCUCAGCCAGAUGACAGUGCAUCUUUGUGCCAAUGCCACAGGAAAAGGCCUUUAAGACAAGAGCUUUAA